AAUUAAUGAUGAAUUUAAUAAAACUGAUAGUGGUUAUGAUAAAGAUUAUUUUUUCACAGCUGCUCAGAAAUAUAUUAUAAUGAUAGGGGAUAACAAGAACAAAAAAUCCAAGAAUGGUAUUUAUCAAGAAAGUUGUUAUGAUAGCUCAACAGAAGUAUUAUUAACUAUUCAGCCUAACCUAGAAUUAGAAGAUUCAAAUAUUUGGAAUGCUAAUAACCUUGAAGUAGAAAACACUGAUUUGAGAAUAAAAAAUAUAGCACUAAAAAAUGAAAAUAUGAACUUAAAGAAAGAGAAUGCAGAUCUUAGAUUACAAAAUGUUGCUCUCAAAAAAGAUAAUGAAGAAUUCAAAUCAAAAAUUGCAGGUCUGAAAAGAGAUAAUACAAAUCUUAAAGUAAAAAAUAAAGAAACUGAUGGAAGAAAUCAUGUCCUAGAAUUACAGAAUACAAUUUUAAAAACCGAAAAUACAGAUUUAAAAGUAAAAGAUGAAGAUCAUACAAAAAAUCAAAACAAAAUAUGCAAUCUACAUGCAAAGAUCGCAAAAUCUGAAAUUAAACUUAGAGAUAUCAAUAAGAAAUACAGUGAACUCCUCAUAGAAUAUUCAAAUCUAGAAGUAAUUUAUGCUAUACUUGUAGAUAAUUAUAAAGCUUUACAAGCUAAGGACAGAAAGAAUGAAGAAGAAAUUAAAAAUUUGAAAAAAGAAUUGAAAGAAAUACAAUAUGAAAAAGAUAAAGUAGAAAAAGACUUGUUAGAAAUAGUCGAAGAAUAG